AUGCCGUCUAUACUCCCCAAGCACACGCUAAAGGAUGGCCCAGAUCCAUCCUACGGUAUCCAUCGGAGCCAGCUUGAUCACCCUUUCCCGCUUGGCCAGCUUCCAGAUUCGGGCUCCAAUGCAGACGGGGUUCGAGGGCUGGAAGGCAAAUCUUCGCCCAAAGCGUUCAUGACUCGCCCGCAAACGACCAGCUCGGACGACGUCACUGGCCGUCAGACGCAGGCGAACUGGAUCGGCUGGCAUGCAGCCCCCAUUUCUGUUUCCUCUCGGGCGCCAGAGCGAAACUAG